AUGUAUGCGUUCUGGCUCGUCCCGUGGUUCGAGCUGUUAACUGGGUUUCUCAACGUCUCCAUGGUUAUCAUCAUCUUCGUUGUCCUCUGGGCCGUGGCCCCUCGAAACAGCGUCGACAUCUUUAUGCAGACCAACGUGUCGUCUGGGUGGGACAAUUACUUCGUCUCUGCCAACCUCGGGGCUCUGUCCAACAUCUACCUAUUCAUCUCCUUCGAAAGCGUGGUUCACAUGGGCGAGGAGACACGGAAUGCCAAGUCUGCCGUGCCUUUCGCCUUAUUUUGGUCCACGGUGACUAAUAUCGGCAUGGGUCUCAUUAUGAUAAUAACUUUUGCUAUGGGAAUGCCAUCACUUAAUGUUCUGCUAGACUCGGCCAGCCCUAUUGUUACCACAUUGCUAUACGCCACGGAAUCAACGAAAGCCACAAUCGCCAUUUGGUGGAGCACGUGCUCAGAGAGGAAAGUUGGCUUGAUCAGGCUCUGA